CGAGAUACAUGUGCAGGUUCUUCGUCUCACAGACGUGAGCAAAACAGACACGGGGGAUGCGUUCUCCUCGUGUGUGCGUGCUCAAGUGUAGACUGGGGCGCGUCAAGGAAGGUGCAAGCGUUGCCCCCCAUCCCUCCACUCACUCCUACCUUCGUUGAGCUCUGCAGAGGACCGAGACCUCACUUCCCAAUUUCGUCCGCGAUGUCAACGUCGAAGAUCAAGUCGCCGGCCCUCGACUCGCCCACUGCUGCCUACGGGAGCAUCUGGGAUGCGCGUCCACGCAAAUACAAGAGCGUGCUGUUCCAAGUAUGCGCCUUCAUCCUCAUGAUGGAGCUGUCCGAGCGUCUGAGCUACUACGGUAUCAACCAAGGCCUCAAGAACUUCAUGCAGAAGAUCGGCUGGAGCCUCGUAUCAGCCAGUGCACUGAAAAGUACCUGGACGUCCAUCUGCUACAUCACGCCAUUGUUCGGCGCCUAUCUGGCCGACGAAAAAUGGGGACGUUACCGUACGAUCCUCAUCUUCGGUAUCUGGUACUGCAUCGGUGACUUCCUGGUGGCCAUCGCCGCCCACCCAGACAUCAUGACUGAGAAGGCCAUCGUUAAUCCGAUCUUCGUUAUCGGAUUAUUUGUCGGUAUUGGUGUCGGUACUGGUGCUAUCAAGUCGAAUGUCAUCACGUUCGGUGCCGACCAGUUCGACCCGAACGACCCCAGUGAGGUACACCAGAAGGAGACGUACUUCUCGUACUUCUACUUUUGCAUUAACUUCGGCGCCGCCUUCUCGUACGGAUACCUGUCUGUACUGUGCGUAGAGGGCUCGGCUCAGAUCCCGGCUGAGUAUGGCUACUUCGCUACGUACAUGAUCUGUGCAGUAGUGAUGGUCGUCGCCAUCUUCUUCUUCAUUGUUGGCUCGCCUCGCUACGUGCACAUGCCUCCUAAAGACCGCUCCAUCUCGACGCUGUUGCUCCUGCUCAAGGAGAGCGCACAUACGUCUCGUGACGGAGCCAUUGUGGUCACUGGUGCACUUCUACUGCUCUUCUCUCUGGUCGUAAAUAUCGCCUCAGCGUUCAGUGCGGACAGUGGACGCGCGGGUGAAGCGCUGUCUUACGUCGCUGCUGCUAUGGUGCUGGUUGGUGUGGUCUGCUGGGUGUAUGCUGCUCACGACCAGUCCUUCAUGGACAGCAUGAAGGAGAGUCAGGGCGGCCAUUUCGACGAUACUCAAGUCGACGGCUACAAGAAGCUGGUGAGCGCUCUGCCCUUCGCUGCCUACACCAUCAUCUGGCAGUGUGCGUACGACCAGACGGACGCCAACUUCCAGUCUAUUACGCAGCAGUGCGACCUGCGUCUGGACCGUAGCGACCCGGACAGCUCCCAGAUCCCUGGCGCCAUGCUUGGUGUGUUCGACCCGAUCUUUAUCGUGAUCUGUAUCCCUAUUCUGGACUCUAUUGUGUACCCGUUCUACGAGAAGCGCUUCGGUAAGCCGCCCAGCCAAUUCGGCCGCGUGUGCGCUGGUCUCAUCGUCGCUGCUGUUGGCAUCUUCUGGUCCGGUAUCUUCGAGAUUAUUCGUCGUAACGCUGGCCCCUUACAAGACGCUAACGGUGAUCCGAUCCUUGACGGCGGUAGCGACCAGCCCAUGAACGAUAUCUCGUGGGCUGCUGCUAUCCCUAACUACGUCUUCAUCGCCCUGGCUGAGUGUCUGAUCAACGUGACAGCGUACGAUGUGUUCUACUCCGUGGUGCCUCUCGGUCUUAAGAGUACGUCGCAGAGUGUGAACCUCUUCAUGAUUUCCGUGGGAAGUGUCAUGACCUCGGUCUUCACGAUCAUGUUCUCGCCCUACCUCCCGUCGGACGACCUGAACGACGGCAAUCUCGAGUACAUGUUCUUCACUGUGGGAGCUGUCAGUGUCGUCAACUUCUUCGCCUUCUACUUCACCAUGAAGAAGAUGAACUUUGGCAUGUCCAGCAGCACCACCAACGACGAGUUCGACCUCCAGGGCAAAGAUUCCGUCGCCUCACGCCACAGUGUUGCGGCUACCAAGUAAACCAACAUUCGCCAGCUUGUCGUUAUGAUGCAAUUCGCAAUACAUAGUUUAACCUAGUCUUGUUAACCAAAAUCUUACGAAAACUUUUCGAAAAAUCGCUGA